GUCACAUUCCUGAGGAGUCGCUUUUGCUUCAAUUAAAAAAAAUCAACGGAAAGUGUAAUUUGUUUGCAGUUUUUGUGUAACACAAUUAAUUACAUCGGCUUAAAUUGGUGGACUAAUUCUAUCACAAACGAUUAUGACGACAUCGGCUGAAGAAGUGAAUGUGCUCCAUUCAACGAUCAUGUGUCGUACAUGCAUGGCCGGUGACAGUGAAUCGGUUACGUUGACACCGUUGGCCGCUUGCUUGGAGGAUGAUGCAUCGAUUGCGAGCGUGGUUGCAGAAUUGACCGCUGUCCAGGUGAUGGAAAAUGACGGACUGCCGGAGCAUAUAUGUGUCAACUGCACGAAUGAACUGAAGCGUUUUGUGGAAUUCAUUAAAAUGGUUCGCAAAACUGAUCGGAUGUUGAGGCAGAUUUUCAAGAAUGAAAUUAAAAUUGAAGAUUCGAUUGAUUUUGAAACGUUUGAAGUGCAAGCCGAAGAUAAGUUGGAAGAGUUGCAAAUAGAGACGGUAGUAGAGGAAGAGUAUCUGUUGGAAGAUACGGUCUGGGAAGUGGAACGGAUUGAUAGCGCACUGGAAAUUGAGUUGGUAAAGUCACCCAAAUCUGAGAAGGAUUUUUUUGGCUUUGAAGACGACGAGAAGCAUGCAGAACCGUCGCAAGCGGAGAUUUCUAUUAAAACUGACACUAGCGAAGAUGUAGGUGAAUCCGACGAAUUGGAUGAAGUGGAACAAAAAACUUUUAAAGUCUUGUCGAGAAGCGAAGGAGAUUUCCUCUGUUGCGCUUGCUUUCACAUAUUUUAUACUGAGGAUGAAUUUAUAAAGCACUGCAAGACACACGACACCAAGGCUAACAUGACUAAAUCUAAUGUUUGCGAAAUUUGCUUUCGGCGGUACAAAACCCGACAAGCCCUUGCAUUGCAUCGAAAGCACAGCAAGGCAACAACAAUAUUUGAAUGUGUUCGAUGCUAUGUCCGUUUCGUAGACGUCAAACGACGUCGACAGCAUGCUCAUAAUCAUCCCCAGAGAGAAAUUCUGAAAUCAUCCGUAUUAACUCGAAUUCCAUUGCUACCGUACUAUCGCAGGGGUCAUAUUUGCUGCGCUCAGGGGUGUGGUCUUUCGUUUCCUAGUGAUGAACAAUUGAUAGCACAUGCUCAUGCGGCUCAUCUGGUUAACAAGUACGAUGCAUCAUUGCCGGAUAAACGGCAGAAACCGUACGAAUGUGCUGUAUGCUAUAAACGUUUCGACAACCGGAAUGCCCUCCGGAUGCAUCAGCGGCGGAAAUAUAAGCAGCCACCCCGACAGUGUUCGAUUUGUGGCUUCGAAGUACGAGGUAGUGUCGCGCUAGCAGCCCACGAGCAAAAGCACACAAACGAAAAACCGUUCCAGUGUGAUCUAUGUGACAAGAAAUUCGCAAACCGUAGCCUGCUCAAAGCUCACUCGGUUAUUCACACGAACAAUAAGAUGUUCGUUUGUUCUACAUGUGGAGCGGCAUUCCAGCGAAAAGCUACCAUGCAAAAUCACGAACUUCUGCAUAUGGAUCAGCUACCCUACCUAUGUGACCUUUGUCCGAGAGCCUUCCGCGUGAAGUAUAAACUGGAAAUGCAUAAAAGAAGCCAUACUGGGUUGAGGCCAUAUCCUUGCAGGUUUUGUGAAAAGUCAUUCGCCGAUCAUAGCAACCGAAGUCGCCAUGAGAUGAGUCAUACAGGAAUAAAACCUUACAAAUGUUCUUACUGCGAUAAAACUUUCAUCACGAAACGAUUGCGAGCGGACCACGAGGGCACUCAUCGACCCAAAUAAAAUCGGACCUGGCUCAAGCCUCGAUUAAAUGUUAUUCAUUUCAAAAAAGUACAAGUUUGAAAGAGCUUCAAUACAAUAAUUUCAAUAAAUACUUAGAUUGAAGUUUUUGAAGUUGAACUCUAGUUGUUUAAAUACAAGUUGAGUCUGAACUCACAAUACUCUUAGCGACUGUAUAUCUCUCACUAUAUGCUUACUAUAGAAAUUUAAUUUUUAUCAGCUCUACACGAACACUAGAUAAUAGUUUAUACUUUUAUUUUCUUUGUGUAUUAAAAAUGCUCUCAAGUUCCAAAGUUUUGUUUUUGAUGUGGAACACAUCUUUAAUUUCUAUAUAGGGGUGCGAAUCAGAAACUCGGGAAAAAAUA